CGCAGAAGAAGAAUUAGCUGUUCCUUUAUAGCGGCAAUGAAAGGACGUGUUACUUCAAAUUUUAGCAAAACAUAAGUCUACAAUAGCGAGAAAAAUCGGGUGCUGAGUGAGAACAAAUAGCUUUUAAGAGAGAACUGUUUGGACCGCGUUCAGAAGAUGUCUUUGGUCUGUGCAAUCUGCAACGAGGUACCGGAGCACCCGUGUAUCUCCCCGGUGUCCAACCAUGUGUUCGAGCGCAGACUGAUCGAGAAGUAUAUCGCUGAAAAUGGGACGGACCCAAUGAACGGACAGCCCCUUUCAGAGGAGCAGCUCCUGGAUAUCAAAGUGACACAUCCUAUUAGACCAAAGGCACCAUCAGCAACCAGCAUUCCAGCCAUUCUCAAGUCCCUUCAAGAUGAGUGGGAUGCUGUCAUGCUUCAUAGCUUCACCUUACGACAGCAGCUGCAGACUACUCGUCAAGAACUGUCACACGCCCUUUAUCAACAUGAUGCCGCCUGCAGAGUCAUUGCUCGACUCAACAAAGAGGUCACUGCUGCAAGAGAAGCUCUCGCCACACUUAAACCUCAAGCUGGACUGGUGGCCCCUCAAGCUGUCCCUGCCUCUCAGCCAGUUGCAGUUGGUGUUGGUGGAGAGCCUAUGGAGAUCAGUGAACAGGUGGGAAUGACUCCAGAGAUCAUCCAGAAGCUCCAAGACAAGGCUACCAUCCUCACCACAGAAAGAAAGAAGAGAGGAAAAACUGUUCCAGAGGAGCUGGUCAGAGCUGAGGAUCUCAGUAAAUACCGCCAAGUGGCCUCCCAUGCUGGUCUUCAUAGUGCCAGUGUGCCUGGUAUUCUGGCUCUGGAUGUGUGUCCCUCAGACACUAACAAAGUGCUCACUGGUGGAGCUGAUAAGAACGUUGUGGUGUUUGACAAGAAUGAGGAGCAGAUUGUGGCUACACUCAAGGGUCAUACCAAGAAGGUCACCUCUGUCAUUUACCACCCAUCUCAGUCGGUGGUCUUCUCUGCCUCACCUGACACCACCAUUCGUGUGUGGUCUGUCACUGGGGGCAACUGUGUGCAGGUAGUGCGUGCCCACGAGGCAGGUGUCACUGGUCUGUCUCUGCAUGCUACUGGAGAUUAUCUGCUCAGCUCCUCUGAGGAUCAGUACUGGGCCUUUUCUGAUAUCCAAACUGGCAGAGUCCUCACUAAAGUUACUGAUGAAAGUGCUGGCUGUGCUCUCACUUGCGCUCAGUUCCACCCUGAUGGUCUCAUUUUUGGCACUGGCACUGCUGACUCUCAAAUUAAGAUUUGGGAUCUGAAGGAGCGCACCAACGUGGCCAACUUCCCAGGCCAUUCUGGACCCGUCACCUCCAUUGCUUUCUCUGAGAACGGAUACUAUCUGGCCACAGGUGCUCAGGAUAGCUCUCUGAAACUUUGGGAUCUGAGGAAACUUAAGAACUUCAAGACCAUCACUCUGGAUAACAACUAUGAGGUGAAGUCCCUUGUGUUUGACCAAAGUGGAACCUACCUGGCUGUGGGAGGAUCUGACAUUCGUGUCUACAUCUGUAAGCAGUGGUCUGAGGUGCUCAACUUCACAGACCAUUCAGGAUUGGUGACUGGAGUGGCCUUUGGAGAAAAUGCUAAGUUCCUGACUUCUGCAGGAAUGGACAGAAGUCUCAGAUUUUAUAGUUUGUAGGACAAAAGCAACUCAGGAUAAAAAAAGAGGAGGAUGGAAUGAUCUGUGUAUCUGAACAGUCACUAUUCUGGAUGUUGUUAAUUUUUAGAAAAGUACAAGAAAAAAAGCAAAACAAAUAAAAAAUAUAUGCAGUUAACUUCUUAUAGUGUAUUAGUCCUUAUGCCCAGGAAAGAUAUCACAUAAAAUGAUCUGCUAUUUUAAAUUACAGCUGCGUGAUAAACAUACCAUUUAGUUGACUUUGUCAGUUUGAAAUAAAAAUUAUGGGAAAUGGGAGCAAAAGCCAGUGUGACAUUUCUGUCCUGUUUGUCAGCAGUUGUAAUGUUUUUAGUAUUUUCCCUCUUUUUUUUUUUUUUUUUUUCUUUUCUUUUUUUUAUUGGGUGCAAGGGGCUUCAAUUGCUUGUGAUAAAACUGCAGUGUACUCUGUUAAAAAUAAAAAACUUGAUUGUUACUGAUCAACUUAGCUUCUUAAUGUAGACCAGUUUCAUUACAGUGUCUUUAGCAUACAAUGGAAAUAGUGAUCUACAGUAAAGUGAAAGAAUAGCUGUAGAUUGUUCACGUGUCAAAAAAAAAAGUUGUUUAAACCUUUUUUUUCAGUUUAAUUUCUUUUUAAUUGUUCCACUGAAACUCUUUUUGUUUCCCCAAGUGUAUAUUGCUCAUGUUUUCUUAUGUACUUGUUGCACCUCUGCCUUGAAGAUAAAAUAAAAUAUCUUUUUCAGCUCAA